AUGUCUUCCGGGCCUGCACUCUGCAGCGCAGCUUCGGCUGGAGACCUGCAGCGCUGCGCCGAGCUGCUGAAGGAAGGAGCGGAUGUGAAUGAGGCUGACGUGUUCAAGCAAACUCCGCUGAUCAAUGCCACGGUCGCGGGCCAUGCGGAGGUGGUGAAGGUCUUGGCAGCAGCACGAGCUAACUUGGCCUCCGCGGACCGCAGCGGGUGGUCGGCGUUGCAUUGGGCAGCUUUCCAGGGCAGCUGUGACAUGGUCCGCCUGUGCCUGGCUCUGGGAGCAGACGCCCAGCAAAAGGACCUGAAGGGCAGCACCCCUCGGGAGGCCCGAUCUUUUGAGAGUUUGGGGAUGGCUACGGCGACUUCCGCGCACAUGCAUGUAUCUCAGAUUAAGUAUCUUGUUGGAAGUGUUGCACGGGGUUGCACAACACGCAUGCUGUCAAUCAGAAUCACUGCAAAUCAAUACACUCAUACAUAUACACAUACAUAUAUGUAUGUGUAUAUAUAUAUAUAUAUACAUAAUAUAUAUAUAUAUAUAUAUGUAGACCUAUUGACCUAUUGUAGUUAA